AUGGCAUUGGUAACAAUUCGUCGUACUCCGAGUGUCCAAACGUCUAAGGAAACGGAUGACGAAGAAAAAUCUACUGAAUUUGUUGAAGACGAUGUCAAUAGUAGGACCAGUAAAAGCCUCAAUGAGUGCUACUUCGCGAACAAGGGCGCGGCGUUGGUGCUGGGCAGUGCGGAGAACGGGUGCGCUGAUCGGCGGAGAUCUCCGGCCCGCGUUCAACCCCAGCCAGACAUACAUCACCACUUACAGUCCAUGUUUUACUUGGUGCGGCCGGAGGAGACGCUCAAAAUGGCGGUGAAAUUGGAGAGCGCUCAUGCCGGGCGAACCCGCUACCUGGUGGUAGUUUGUCGGUACGACGAGGCAGCUCUGCUCGGCAUCGAUUGCAAUGAAGGCACCACCGUGGGACUGGUACUGCGAGUGCUCGCUGACACAUCCAUCAAACUGGAUGGCGAUGGUGGGUUUAGCGUGUGUGUGUGCAAUCGUCAACAUAUAUUCAAACCGGUGUCUGUGCAAGCCAUGUGGUCGGCGCUACAAACUCUCCACCGUGCUAGUGGCAGGGCGCGCGAGUUGAACCACUUCGCCGGCGGGACGUCCCACGUCUGGUGCGAGUACUAUGAGAGCCACAUUGGCUCGGACAGAUCAUGCCUCAACGAAUGGCAUGCCAUGGACUGUAUCGAGUCACGGCGUCCCCCGUCUCCCGACUCGCUCAGACAUAAGCCUCGUCAAAGAGACGAAACAGAGCGCGUAAUCAGAUGUACGCUGAAGGAAAUAAUGAUGAGCGUGGAUCUCGACGAAGUGACGAGCAAAGCGAUUCGAGGUCGCCUCGAGGACGAACUCGAUAUGGACCUCGCUGAAUACAAGUCCUUCAUAGAUCAAGAAAUGCUCACUAUACUUGGCCAAAUGGACGCGCCCACGGAAAUAUUUGAUCACGUAUAUUUGGGUUCAGAAUGGAACGCGAGCAAUCUAGAAGAAUUACAGAGAAAUGGCGUUCGACAUAUACUGAAUGUAACAAGAGAGAUAGACAAUUUUUUCCCUGGUAUGUUUGACUACCUGAAUAUAAGAGUUUAUGAUGACGAUAAGACUGACCUUUUAAAACAUUGGGAUAACACUUAUAAAUAUAUCAACAAAGCGAGAAAUGAAGGCUCAAAGGUUCUCGUUCAUUGCAAGAUGGGCAUCAGCAGAUCCGCAUCAGUCGUUAUUGCUUAUGCGAUGAAGGCGUUUAAUUGGAAUUUCGACAAAGCUCUCAAACAUGUUAAGGCUAAAAGAAGCUGUAUCAAACCUAACACUAAUUUUUUGAACCAACUCGAGACUUACCAAGGUAUACUCGACGCAAUGAAGAAUAAAGAAAAGUUACAAAGGUCUAAGUCAGAAACUAACCUCAAGUCUCCUAAAAAUACAUCCAAAAUGGAUAACAAAAUAACCGAUCCCUCGCCAUUAGCCCUAGCACUGAGGAGGUCGUAUACAGGAAGACCUCGAUCCUGGUCCCCGGACACUAAAUUAGCUUCGGAGAUGCUGCCACCGACUUCCGUGUCACUUGAAAAUUUGGCUAUUUCAGAGACAAGGCAUAUGUUGAUGCCCUGUGCUAGUGGGAGUUAUAGUGUGUCACCAAAUCAAAUCAUUAGAUUGAAAGAAGACGGUACUCUUUCGGUUAAGCAUAUCAUUAACGAAAUAGAGAAUGCAGCAUCAGGCGAAAAAAAAGAUAUUCCACGUAGGAAUCAGAGGCUAAAUUUUAAUAACAUUGCCGAUCAUACAUCGGCAAGUAAUAUCGGAGAGGCAGCCGUCGCUCAGGCGUCUCCGCUACGCAACAUAGGUCACAAAUAUUCGCAGUUAGAUAACGACUUUGAGAAAAUACACACUUGGGAUCCUGGGGAAGUGCAAUGGGCUAACAGCGAAGAAAAUAGGAUCACUAGUGAUAGUGACAAUAUAGUGAAGAGUGAUAGUGGUAUUAUGGAUGUGAAACUUAAACAGAGUGAUGUUAUCUACGGUUCCGUUGAACGUACGUUGGAUUGUGACGAUAGACGCGUUGUUGAUGACGAGGCUCCGCCGCCAAGUCGCCAAAGUUCUUGGAGCUCUUUCGACAGUGCAGUGGUGCCAGAUCUGUCGCGACAUUCCUCGUGGGGCUCUUACGACACUCGCAAUGCACGCCCUCAGCUUCCUCUCCGCGACGAUGUAAAACGACCCAAAGAACGGCCAGAUGACCGCGACCGCUCCGCUGAGUCGCCAGCGCCACAAAAGCCCUCGUCUGAUCUCAGCAUUAUUACGGAGCACACGGAGACCCGCCGAUGUCGUGCUCCGUCUCGUUUGCCCGUGGAUAUUUCGGACAACGAACGCAAGUUUAAUGAAACGUGUGCCAUAUUAAAGGAGUUAGCGACGGCCGCAGCUCGUAUGGAGCGCGCGCGAGAUCGCGGCGCUUCCACUUGGGGCGGUCGUCUAUCGGCAUCUGCGCCGGCCGAAACUUGGCUGCGAUCGGGACCUCGCCGCCGCCGCUUAGCGGCCUCUUCCCACGGUGACCUGCCUCGAGCUUUGCCCGCCUCGGCCCCCUCCAACGUGUCUGCAGCCGGCCUCGUCAGUAACCUUAAAAAAGAGUUUGAGGCGCGAUCUGAAAGCGAACAACCGAGACGGUCAGUGUCCAGAAGUAGAGCACCGCCGUCGCCACCGAGUGCGGGAGGGGAGGACCUGUCAGUUCGCGUGUUGGUAGACCGAUACGACCAGCCCGGGCGGGCCCGCUCCGAGUCGAGUAGCGAUACUUCAAAUAAAGCUCCGCGAGAGCGAGCGCGUCGGGGCGUGCGCAACUCUUACUGCGGCGCAGACAGGCCUCCGGUAGCUCCCACGGUUGUCGCGCUCGCUCCUCUACAGUAUACUGAUCUAGUGGUUUCAACUGUAUUGUCGAAAGCUCAAACUAAAAAACAAUUGCAGCACGGGAAAACGCAUCCGUUGACGAGGCUCAACUUGAAUCGGUCGAAUAAUAGAUGUUCGAAUCCUGUGUACAAUACUAUGUAG